ACUGACACAUUUUUUGAUUGUACCAAAUAUCAAAAUCGAAUCUGUUAUCGUUGUUCUUGAAUCUAUUUCUUUCAAUUAUUGUUGUAUUUGUUCGCACAGGAUACUCGAAAUAUUCGAUAUUUCAAUUCCACUCCAGUUGAGUCAUUUUUAUGAGAUAUUCGGUCGUCUCCUAAUGCAGAAGUAUAUGUUGAGUGCUUUCCAGUCAAGUGCAGAUACAAACAUGUUGAUAUCAAAAAUUACUCCAACAUAAAUGAGUUUAAAACAGUGGAUAUCAAACAAAAGUAUUAUGUAGUUAUUACAAAUAAUAUAUUCAAUAAAAAACUCCUUCAAUCAAUAACGUAAUGGGUAUUUGCUGGUGUAAAAAUAAGGAUGAAGAAAAUGAUACUUACGUCCCACACAUGUCAAACAACCACCUCAUUCAUAAUGUUGUAAGACCUGUUUCACCUGUAAGUUCACAAUAUUCCUUCAAACUCCCUAAAACACCUGAUGCUGGUGAUGUGGAUAGGCUAGUCCUGGAAACUUUGGGAGUCAUUGCUACUCUUGUUGAUAAUGAACAGGAACCUCCUAGUUCAAUGCUAUUGUUACACAACAUUGCAGACAAUGAAGAAGGCUGGAUACAAGUAGUGAAUUCCAUGAUAAAUAUAAUUCCUCUCAUGGAUCCUCUUGGUCCAUCAGUUAUUACUCUCUUAUUGGAUGAUUGUCCUCUGCCAUCCAAAGAAUCUGUUUUUAAGGUGAUCAAUAUGUUGAAUCUUUCCAAAGAGGCAGCCUUGGCAGGAAGACCUAAUCCUCCUAGACAGAGGAAUAUUUGUGUUGUACUAGGUUGUAUUGCUGAAAAAUUAGCUGGUCCAAGAAACAUGGAAAUAUUGAAUAAUGGUAUUAUAGACUACUUAUUAACAAACUUGGAGCUUGAUACUGAUCCCAGUAUAAUGCUAUUUUCAUUGAUAGCUUUGGAAAAAUUUGCUCAAACUAGUAGUAACAAAAUAACAAUAAUGAAUAAGCUGAAGAGUCUAGACAAGUGUCCUAUAUUGGAGCUAGAGAACUGGAAGACAGAAAAUCAUUAUGUGAGGAGGCAAGUUGGAUUUUGUGCUCAGUGGAUACUGGAUAAUUUAUUUGUGAUGGACGGCCGCAACUACACCUACCAAACGGUCCACAUGGACAACAUAAACGCCAUGCUGAACACGAGUGACGUCAGCGAGUACCUGAAAAUCUCCCCAGACGGCUUGGAGGCCAGAUGCGACGCUUACUCGUUCGAGAGCGUGAGGUGUACCGCGCAGGCGGACCAGGGAGUGUGGUACUACGAGGUGUGCAUCAUCACUCCGGGAGUUAUGCAGAUCGGUUGGGCCACCAAGAACAGUAAUUUUCUCAAUCAUGAAGGCUACGGUAUCGGUGACGACAGAUACUCUUUAGCUUACGACGGUUGCAGGAAGCUCAUCUGGUACAACGCCAAAUGCGAUCCCCAUAGUUUGCCCAGAUGGGAAUCCGGAGACAUAUUAGGUUGCCUCUUGGAUCUCGAUAAUCAACAGAUAGUUUUCUCUAUCAACGGCAGAAGUUUGCCACCAUGUAUGCAUGUGUUCACCAUGGCGACGUCUGGAUUCUUCGCCGCCGCCAGCUUCAUGUCCUUCCAGCAGUGCCGGUUCAAUUUCGGUGCGGAACCGUUCCGCCACCCGCCUUCCGUGGCUUUUUCGACGUUCAACGCGUGCGGUUCGCUGCGCCCCGAGGAGAAGGUCGUGCUGCCGCGGCACAUCUACCUGAACCAGCUGAGAGAGCAAAACGUCGGAGAGGACAGCUGCACGCUAUGCUACGACCAGAAGGCCUCCAUUCGGUUGAUGCCCUGCGAGCACUCAGGAUUUUGUGCUGUGUGCGCCAAUCAGUUGGUAGAAUGUCCGAUGUGCAGAUCUCCAUUUCAAAAAAUCGAGGAAUUCAGCAUUUCUUCAUGACAUACAAGGUGUUUUUAAGUUUGUAACC